ACCGACCGCGGCGGCGCCGGCGAACGGCGCGGCCCGCACUUCCGGCGGCGCGGGCGGCGACCGGCGAGCGAGGGCUCCGCCGUCCCCGCGGCAAAAUAUUCUGAACUUUGUAGCUCUAGGGAAUGAAACAUUAGUUCAGAAGAAGACAGUAGACUCUCUUACAAGUACAUUUGACUGUUCACCAUGAAGUUAGGAAAACCUAAAGGGAGUAUUUCUCGGAGCUCAAGCCAAGGAAAAGCUUAUGAGAACAAGCGCAAAACAGGCCGGCAGCGGCAGAAAUGGGGAAUGACUGUUCGGUUUGACUCAGGCUUGAGUAGACUGAGAAGAAGCUUGGAUGACAAACCCUAUAAAUGUACUGAAUGUGAAAAGAGCUUCAGUCAGAGUUCAACUCUUUUUCAACACCAGAAAAUCCAUACUGGAAAGAAAUCCCACAAAUGUGCUGAUUGUGGGAAAAGUUUCUUUCAGAGUUCUAAUCUCAUUCAGCAUCGACGGAUCCAUACUGGGGAAAAGCCCUAUAAAUGUGAUGAGUGUGGAGAAAGAUUUAAACAGAGCUCCAACCUCAUUCAGCACCAGAGGAUUCAUACUGGAGAAAAACCCUAUCAGUGUGAUGAAUGUGGCCGAUGUUUCAGCCAGAGUUCCCACCUUAUUCAACAUCAGAGAACCCACACAGGGGAGAAACCAUACCAGUGCAGUGAAUGUGGCAAAUGCUUCAGCCAGAGCUCUCAUCUGAGGCAGCACGUGAAGGUGCACAAAGAAGAGAAGCCUCGUAAAACCCGGGGUAAAAAUAUCAGGGCAAAAACUCACUUAUCCUCUUGGAAAGCUGGUACAGGGAGGAAAUCAGUGGCUCGUCUCCGUUAAGUAAGGGGCACUGCUUUAGUGUUCUUUAAAGAAAAAAAAAAAAAGGAGUAACAAAUAAAAGCAAUCUCAUUUAGAUGCUUUAUAGUAGAGCACUUAAAUACUGGAUCCUUUCCUAGCAUGGAGACAUUGGGAAUUUAUUGGCAUUAUUAGGCUGAAAGAAACUACAGGAGUCCAGCUGCCCUCAUUUCUUUUUUAUGUGACAUGGAGCACAAAGAACUGAAAAUAGGUUUUGAGAGUAUAAGAUCCUUGACCUCAUUUGAAAUUGCUUCCUGCAUCAUUUUGACAAAAACCAUCGUGUUUUAAUGACACAUUCGUGAAAGUGCAGGCAUGCUGAUGAUUACUCAGUUUUAGGACGUUUUGUGGAAAGAAUAAUUAAAAGGGAGAAGAAAUUAAUUCCAUUAAUUUUGAAGUUCUGCAACUGAUGAGAUUUUAUGUUGUAAAGUUUUGUAGUAUAUUAACCAUUGGUUUAUAAGUAUGACUCAAGAUUCAACAUAUUAAAAUGUAUUCAAGUUCACAGAUUUUUAAUCAAGGCCCAUAACUCUACGUUAGCUUUCUUUUGUUUCUUCCCUUCUGCUUAUGGAUAGUUAUUAAUUAAAGGAGUAAGAAGUUUUGUUUUGUUUUUACCAACUUCAUAGUAAGAGAUACUACAGAAUCCAAAGUGAGAACUGAAUUAGACCUCAAGUCUCUCCUACUCCUACUAAUACUUUUCUUUUACUGCUGUGUCACUGGUUUGCCUGGAGUUGGGAUGGAUUUAUGUUGAUCCGUCCCUAUGCCCUUGACCUCUUGGCAUUUUCCUGUGCUCUGGCAAACUGAGCCAGCCUUUUAGAUCCAAAAUGUGGUCUGAAUAAACAAACCAUAUUUUACCAACAAAAAUCUCAGCUUGUUUUUUGCUAAUUAAAAAUCUAUAAUUUACACAUCUCCCUGCCUUUAAGACUGUGAGCUUUAGAUAACCCUGCUUGUCUUAAAUGUUUGUCAGCAACAAAAGUGAUUUAAUGUGUCAGUGCAAUGUAGCUUCUUUGAAAUUUAACUUUUUCUUCAUUUCAUGAAUUGUUUAAGAAGUCUAGCAAUCAUGUUAACUUCCAUCAGAAUGGUGCCAGGUGUCAGACAUUCUGAUCAGCCUUCAGCUCAGGUUUUAAUUUCUAUUGAAUGCUAACAUUCUUCUGAUUUUUUUGUAUCUUUUAUAAUCAUAUCAGUUCCUGCUGUAUUGACAAUUAUAAAAAUAAAUAUUUUGCAUACUA